AUGCACGUGCCGAGGACCUUGCUGCUCGCGGCAGCGCUGCUGGCGCUCAACGCGCCCGCUGCCGUGCACGCGCGCGCCAUGGACGUGGACGAGUGGCCGUCCACGGAGAGCGACCACACGAAGCUGCAGAUCGUGCUGCCCGAGAAGCUCAUGAAGAAGGACGGAUACGCGCACAAGGACGCGCUGUUCGGCUACCCGGCGUACUCGAUGGGCUCGCUGCAGACGCAGCUCGUGUACACGAGCGAGUCUGGCUGCGAGGAGAUCAAGAACGGCGACUGGGAUCCGCCCUUCGCCCUCAUGCUGGACCGCGGCGACUGCCACUUCGUGGAGAAAGUGCGGCGCGCCCAGCACGCCGGCGCGCGCGCCGUGCUCAUCGCAGACAACAAGUGUCUGUGCACCGAUGUGGAGUGUCUGCGCGAGACGGGCGACGACUUCUGCGAGACGGUGCUGCCCUUCAUGGCGGACGACGAGUCCGGCGGCGACAUCUCCAUCCCCAGCAUGCUCAUCCGCAAGAGCGACGGCGACGCGAUCAAGCGCGAGAUCGCGCAGAGCAAGGGUGUCAGCAACGUGAUGGUCAAGUUCGACUGGGGGAUCCCCUCGCCCGACGGCCGCGUGGAGUGGACGCUGUGGCAAAGCGCCUGGGAUGACCAGUCGCUCUCAACGCUGGCCAACCUGGAGGAGAUGAUCACGGCGCUGGGAGACCGCGCGUUCUUCACGCCGCACUUUGUGUCGUACAACGGAACGAAGGUGGGUUGCCACGAAGACAGCGACCCGGGCACGUCGGCGUGUGGCAACAUGUGCCUGAACAAUGGCCGCUACUGUCUGCUAGACCCGUCUCCUUUCCACGACCGCUCGACUGGCGCGUCUGGAGCUGAUGUGGUGGUGGAGAACCUGCGCCGCAAGUGCAUUUGGAAGCUGGAGAGCAAGACGGACCCUGGUGUCGGCUUGAAGUGGUGGAAGUACGUGAAGGCUUCGGGUGAAGCCUGCGGCAAGGACGAGAACAUUUUCCGUGAGCGAUCCUGCGCCGAGAAGGUUAUGAAGGAACUGAGCAUUGACAUCAAGGCGGUGGAAGAGUGCAUGCAGCCCUACGGCGUCAAUGUGGACGAAGUGAACCCGCUGCUUGAAGAGGAGCUGAAGGAACAGACGGCACUUCAGCUUCUGCGGCUUCCCGCGCUAUACGUGGACGGCGUGCAUGCCCGCGGCCGUGUGGACCCGACCAGCAUUUUGGGCAUGGUGUGUGCUGGAUAUGGUGUCCACGACCCGCCUGAGGUGUGCACAUGCGCUAGCCAGUCGUCGGUGGGUCUGUUGGAUUGCGUCAAGGUGGGAAGUCUCGCGAACGCAGCCGCCAUCACGGCCAGUGGCGGCUACUCCUUUACGUCGCUGGUGGUUGUGCUGCUUGCCUUUGUGGGCAUCGUGGCUGCCGGUGGCUUUGUCUACUGGCGCCGUACGCAGCGCCACAUGCGCGACCAGGUGCGCAGCAUUUUGGCUGAGUACAUGCCGCUCGAGGACCAGUCGAUGGACGACGACUACGAUAUGGAAGACGAGAGGUCUCGCAUGCUGCACCCGGCGGAGCGUGCGGCCGCCAAGAGCCCUCGUGGCUACAUGCCCUCGCGCGGCUUUCUAGAGGAAGAUGAGGAAGAGGGCAUGUAG